AUGAAUGUGAGCCACCCAUCGGUGCACCCAGUGGAAGCGCCACCACGUAUGACCGACGGUGCGAAUGUUCCGAGAGUGAGGAUGAAGGACAUCCAAGGCAUGCCUGGUACUAUCGGUGGCCUUAUCUUGCGUUUCGCUCAGUUUUUGUUCGCAGUAGUGGCCCUUUCUGUCAUGGCCACCACCAGUGACUUCCCUUCUGUCACUGCCUUCAGCUACCUUGUUGCUGCUGCUGGUUUGCAGAGCUUGUGGAGCCUUUUGCUAGCCAUUAUUGAUAUUUAUGCCCUUCUUGUGGGACGAUGUUUGCAGAAUUAUAAAAUUGUUGGUUUCUUCACUGUUGGUGAUGGGAGCUUGUGGAGCCUUUUGCUAGCCAUUAUUGAUAUUUAUGCCCUUCUUGUGGGACGAUGUUUGCAGAAUUAUAAAAUUGUUGGUUUCUUCACUGUUGGUGAUGGGGUCACAUCUACUCUUACAUUUGCAGCAGCCUGUGCCUCUGCAGGCAUCACUGUUCUUAUCGGCAAUGAUCUUGGUAGCUGUGGUCAAAAUCACUGCACAGAGUUUGAGACUGCCACAGCUAUGGCAUUCCUUAGCUGGUUCGCUGCAUUACCUUCGUUUCUACUGAACUUUUGGUCAUUGGCAUCCCGAUGA